GCACUUAUGGAUAUGUACGGUGGUCCGAAGUUCACCAUUCUUGGAUUCCCAUGCAAUCAGUUUGGACUACAGGCGCCUGAGGAGAACCAUGAGACCCUGGAUGCAUUGCGGUGUGUGAGACCCGGUGGUGGGUUCAUCCCAAAAUUCCCCAUGUUCAGUAAAAUCGAGGUUAACGGGAUGAAUGAGGAGCCUCUGUACGCUUAUCUGAAGGAGUCUCUUCCUUCCAUGAACCCUGUUGUUGGAGACACUAAGAAACUUUACUGGUCUCCAAUUAAAGCAAAUGACAUCAGAUGGAACUUCGAGAAGUUCCUCAUCACUGCGGAUGGGGUGCCGUACAAACGCUUUGACCCCCAUUGUCCAUUUGAAGAAGUGGAGAGAGAUGUAGCAGCACUCCUGUAG